UAUGCCGCUGCUCUAGUUUGUGCAUCGCGGGCGCACCCGGGUGGGUGUACGGGUUUUAGCCAAUGAUGUUGCCUAGCUUACCCAUUCAUCUAUGCAGCCUACAUCUACACAUCUAGCCCUUGGCCCCCCUCUCUCUCUCUCUCUCAGCUCUACUGCCUUUUUCCAAGCCCCAAAACUAUGUCUGUCACUGUCGACCAGUACAGGGAGGAAUGGCCCAAGCAGUUCGAAAAAAUAAAGGCAGAGUUAGAGAAUCACCUGCGAGACGUCGACUACCUCUCAAUCGAGCACGUGGGUAGCACAUCAGUGCCAGGAUUAGCUGCCAAACCCAUUAUCGAUAUUGACGUAAUUGUCUCUCGCGAUAACUUGCAGUCAGCUAUUGAUGCUCUGACAACGAACGGCAAGUUUGACCACCUAGGAGAACUCGGAGUCGUCGACCGCCAUGCCUUCAAAGACCCCAACCAGUCCAUCUCUCACAACAUCUACGUGUGUGUAGACGGCGCAGUCCAAACCCGCAACCACCUCAACCUCCGCGACACUCUCCGCACAAACAGCGAGCUGCGAGACGAGUACGCCCGCGUCAAACUCGAACUCGCCGCUACCUCAACCAACAUCGUCGACUACGUCUACGCCAAAAGCACUGUAAUCCAAAAAAUCCUCUCAGCCUCCCAAGGCUUCACAAAAGACGAACUCGCCUCCAUCGCCCGCCAAAACCUCAAAGGCGAACGCUUCGGCGCAAUUAAAACGCCCCGCUUGCUCCUCCGCGAAUUCGUAACCCAAGACAUAGCAGGUUACUAUGCGCUCGAAUCCAGCGAGGCAAACGCCCGCUACCAAUCCUGGGCCCCGCGAACCCCCCAGCAAGCCCGCGAGCUGGUCCUCCAGAAUAUUCGAAACCACAACGACGUGCCGCGCACCAUCUACGAACUCGCGGUCGAAACCCUCGACACGGCCACUUUCAUCGGGCGCGUCGGCGCAAAAACCUCGCAGGCGAAUUCCGAUAAGUUGCCCGGUGAAUCCAGCAUUAAGCCCGUUACGCACGCGGAUUUGUGGUUUUCUUUCUUACCAGAGUAUCAAGGAAAGGGGUUUGCGACGGAGGCGAUGACGGCGUUUAUCGGGGCGAUUAAGGAGAGGAUUCAGGAUGUAGGGAAAGUGGAGAUGGAGAUUGAAUGUGAUCCGCGGAAUGAGGCGAGUUGGAAGUUGGCGGAGCGGUUGGGGUUUGAGAGGCAUAGCUUGACCAAGGAAAAGGAGAUAAUUAAGGGGGAGUGGGUGGAUAGUUUGGUGAUGAGGAAGGUUGUUGGGGACGCGUGAGUGUUUUUUCUUUAUUUUCUUUCUCUUCCUCUUCCUCUUCCCUUCCUUUCAACCGUUUUUGUUUGGAUUACGUUGGGUGAUUGAUGGAUGAGUGGAUGAAGAGGGAAGAGUGCUGACUUCAAACUUAGGCCUAUAGGACGCAAACACGUGAGGCGGAGCAGCAAAAUG